AUGGAUCGCAGGGAAUGCAUCAAGCUCCUCGAUUCGUGCACGGAUCUCGCCGCCGCGGACAAGCUCGACGCCCACGUCCGUGCUCGCUACGGCGAUGCCGAUCGAUUCCUGGCCAACAAGCGCCUGGAGAUGUUUGGGCGGUGCGGGAGCACUGGCAGGGCGCGGGAGAUUCUCGACGGCAUCGCCCUGGGCGACAGGGAUUGCUUCUCGUGGGAUCUCAUGCUCUCCGCAUAUGCCAAGAAUGGACAGAUCGAUGCCGCCACACAGCUCUUCCGUGAGAUGCACGGCACGACGAUCGUCUCGUGGAACACGAUGCUCGCGGCAUAUUCCCGAGAUUUUAGUCGGGCCAUCGCCAUUGUUUUUGACGAGAUGCCUGAAAGGGAUCUCGUCUCCACGACCGCGAUGCUCAACGCAUAUGCCCAAAGAGGGGAUCUGGAAGAUGCCAAGAAAGUAUUCCAGGAAUCUUCUCGGCACAACCUUGUGCUCCUUACUGCAAUGGUGGCGGCCUACGCGCACGGCACCCGGCUGGAAGAUGCCAAGAGGAUAUUCGACUGGAUGCCCGAGAGGAAUGUGGUGACGUGGAAUGCGAUGCUGUCCGGAUUCGCCCAGAACCAACGACUGGAUGCCGCGCGGAGGCUGUUCCAGCAGAUGCCCGAGCGCGAUGUGGCCACGUGGAAUGCCAUGCUGGCGGGAUAUGCCCAGAACAGCCACUUGGAGGAUGCCAAGUGGAUGUUUGACUCGAUGCCGCUGCGGAAUAUUACGACGGUAAAUGCCAUGCUGGCUGCGUAUGUACAAAGCGACCGAAUCGAAGAUGCUAGGCAUCUUUAUAGAUCCAUGGAGGACAGGAAUCUAAUUUCUUCGAAUAUUAUGCUUGCCACAUAUGCCCAAUCGGGGCAAAUGCACGAAGCGGAAACACUCUUUGAGUCAUUGCCGGAAGUUAACGUUAUUUCUUCGACCUGUAUGAUAGGAGCUUAUUCUUCAAACAGUCAUGUUGACCGUGCGAAGGCAAUGUUUGACCAGAUUCCACACAAGAACAUUGCUUGUUGGAAUUCGAUGCUCGCUGCAUAUACCGAAAAUGGGCAGUUAGAGCGAGCUAAAGUUUUCUUUGAUACCAUGCCUGAGAAGAACUUGAUCUCGUCAACAACAUUGUUGGCAGCGUUCUCGCAAAACGGCCAUAUUGAGGCCGCCAAAACCCUGUUUGAAAGUUUGCCCCAGAGAGAUCUGAUCUUGUCAACUGCAAUGCUUUCAGCCUAUGCCCAGAACGGGCAUCUAGGAGAUGCCUGCUAUCUCAUCACUAGUAUGCCCGAGACGAACCUCAUCUCCCAGACAGUGAUGCUAAUCGUCUACGCCCAGAGAGGUUUCUUCAACCACGCCAGGCAAAUGUUCAUCCGGAUGCCACAACGGAGCCUCAUUACUUGGAACACGAUGCUGUGGGUAUUCUCCCUCAACCGCGACCUUGCCAGCGCAAAGAAGCUCUUCGAUUCAAUGCCCGAGCGAGACCUCGUCUCGUUUAACUCGAUCCUCGCCGCGUUUGCCACCUCGAGCCAGGACUCUGGAGUCGCAGCGACGGAAGCUUUCCACAGUCUUCUUGCGGUGGAAUCCCCGGACUCCAUGUCCUUCGUGCUCGCGUUGCUCGCUCGCAGCCACACUGGCGGGACCGAGUCCGCGAGGAGCUCCUUCGUCUCGAUGAUCUACGACUUUGGGCUGGCCCCGACGAAGCAGCACUACAACUGUAUGAUCAAUCUGCUGGGCCGGGCCGGGCAUCUGGAGCGAGCGCUGGAUCUCGUCGCGAGCAUGCCGUUUGUGGCCGACGCCAUGGAUUGGAGAUCCCUGCUUGGAUCGUGUAGCAGCGGUGGUGCUAGUAUCAAAGGCGAUCGCGAUGUUCCAACGAGCGCUCUUGGUUUGGAACCCAAAGACGGUGCGUCCUACGUCUUGCUCGCCAACAUUCUUUCGAAUGGUAAUAUGCCUUGA